ACUGAUGUCUCAAGGAAGUUAUCUGAGGAAGCAGCCAAGAAGAAGAAGAAGAAGAAACUUUUCAAGUUCAAAAAGUGGUUUGAUGUUGUACAACCUGUCUUGGAGCAAGCCAGAAAGAGGGAAGAACGAGAGGAAGCUCAACGGCAAUGGGGAACCACUAAGCCUUUCAUUACAUCUUUGAAACGCAAGAGCGCGGUUCUGAAAAAAAGGCGCGUUGCUAAACAUUUGGAGCAGAAAUUUCAGAAGUUUACAGAACAAUCGUCUUCCUUAACAAACCCUCAUGCCAGCUUUCACUUCAGCUGGGGAAAAGAGGAAGGUUCGGAUGGACCCAGUAUGUAUAAGAAACGUUUGGACUGUACCCUUAAGAAAGACGGGUUCAAGUACCUCUGCAACCAAAAAUACUGGCAUCCUGAACUGAGAUUAUGCCCACGCAGGAUGUGUGGGGAUCAUUUCUCACAAAUUGAGCCCAGUUUGCCCAGGAUGUACGUGUGGGUCCUGGAUCUCUUCUCUUUCAUUCUGGGAGUCCACCAGGCAGAAGUGCACAAAGAGGUUCUCAGCGUUGAACGUCGUUUUUUGAAAAGGAAUCAUCAGCCCAAGAUUCAAUGGACUUUAACUUCCUGCAAAAAUAAGAAAAAAAGGUCCAAAACCGUGUUUCCAUGAGUUUCCAAAGGUCCAUGUUGUUAGAAAGAAAACCCGUGUUCAUGACAAGAAUAUCACUGGAGUAUGAAAUCUGCAUAUCAGUUCCCGAGAUCCCUUUUUGUUUUUGUUUCCCUGCAUCAACAGCAGCAGAUUUGUUCUUUUGUCAUGUCAGAUUUUCACUUUUGAGCAUUAUUUUCAAUAGUGUCUUGCAGUAUAAAUCUGUUAUGAGACUUGGAAUGAACAGUA